GCAGCCUUCAGAGCCAGAAUGAAGGAGCUCUUGUGGGUUGCGUGUCUGUUCGUCUUUAGUCUUCAUGGGUGUGGAAGUCUGGAGGUGAAUGGAGAUGAGGACUUCAUGCUCCUUGCAGGUCCUCUGACUGAAAAUGUGGCCACAGGGGAACAUGAGUGCAAUCUUCCCAUAGUUGCUGCUUCUGAGCCGUAUUUUGAGGUCCUCCAGAGCAGAGGGGUGACCCACGUCAAGGUGCCACUGUCAUGGGCUCAGCUCCUUCCCACCGGUCUGCCCAGCCAGCCCCAGCAGGAUGCAGUCCAGUGUUACAAGACUCUGAUGAAGCAGCUGCUGAAGGUGGGUCUUCAGCCUCUGGUCGUCCUCCACGGAUCCACCGUUCCAGACGCUCUGAGGUCCAGGUACGGAGGCUGGGAGAGCCAGGAGCUGGUGGAGAUGUUCCAGCAGUAUGCCGACUUCGCCUUCAGGGAGUUUGCAGAUCUGGCACACUCAUGGGUGACUCUCAGCGACUUGGGGAGCAUCUGGAAGAACGGACAGACCGCUCAGCAAAACAUUCUGCAGCUCAACAAGAAUCUUUACAAGAACUUCCAUCAACGCUUUCCUGAAAAAUGGAAAAGUCUUUCCUUUGGGCUGAAAAUAGAAGAUCUGGAAACACUUUCACACAUCAAGGCUUCAACGGUGGCCGAUUUCUUGACUGUAAACCUUGAGUUCAGCUGUGCUUCUCCUGCAAACUUUGCCCAGAAGCUGAGGAACAUUCAUAUAUCCAGUGGAAACUUGCCUAUCCUAAUUUACAAGAUGAUUCUUCAGGAUUGUUCCGACAGUCAACUUCAGCCUCUUGGAGAAUUACUCCAAGUUCUACAGCAUAGUGGACUGAAUAUCAUUGGAUGUGAUGUCGUGGAUGUGUUACUCCAGCUGGGUGUGCAGGACGCUUCAUUUGGUUAUCAUCGUCAAAACUCAAUCAAGAUUCAAGAGUCCAAGAAUGCCUAUCAGACGGUUUGGGAUAAAUUUGGCUCCCAAUCAGCAGCAGAUCGAGAUACUUUCCUUGAACAGUCUUUCCCCUCCGGUUUCCAAUGGGCGACCUCUGCAGAGUCUUUCAAAGUGGAGGGCGGCUGGUUGGAAGGCGGCAAAGGAGAAACCAUUUGGGACCGCUUUGGCCAUGACAACUUAGCCUUUGAAAACCAGACAGCAGACCUCGCUUGUGAUAGCUACAACAAAGUGGAAUAUGAUGUCUACCUGCUGAGAGGUCUUCAAGUCAACACCUAUCAGUUUUCCAUCUCCUGGGCUCGAAUUUUCCCAACAGGCCACAGAGACAGCCAAUCAGAGCAAGGAGCUCUCUACUAUGACAAGCUCAUCAAUACGCUCAUAGAAUCUGGCAUCCAGCCUGUUGUCACGCUCUACCACUGGGAUCUGCCACAGGCCCUCCAGGACAACGGUGGAUGGACCAACCCAACUAUUGUUGAUGCUUUCAAAGACUAUGCAGACUUCUGCUUCUCCAGGUUUGGAGACAGAGUCAAGACCUGGAACACAUUUAGUAGCCCCUGGGUUGUGAGCCAUGCUGGACAUGGUACUGGUGAGCAUCCUCCUGGAGUAAAGGACUACGUUUCCUCCUCUUAUCAGGUCACUCACAACAUAAUCAAGUCUCAUGCUGAGGCUUGGCAUGUCUAUAAUGACAAUUACAGGGCAACUCAGGGAGGGAAAGUGGGCAUAGCACUUAAUUCUGACUGGGCUGAACCCAAAGCCCCAACCAAUACUGAAGACAUUGCAGCUGCAGAUCGCUACCUGCAGUUCAUGCUAGGCUGGUUUGCACAUCCCAUUUUUGUAGACGGAGAUUAUUCCGUGGCACUGAAAACACAAAUUGAGCUGAAAGUGAAAGAGUGCCCCAGCUCUCAGCCAGCAGUGCUCCCAGUUUUUACCACUGAAGAGAAGGCCAGGAUAAAAGGAACAGCUGACUUUUUUGGUUUGAACCAUUUUACCUCUCGGUUGGUAAAUACUGCUAAAGGUGGUUGCACUCCUGGUCCUGUGGGAGUGGGAGAUUAUGGGGCAGAUGUGGAUCCCUCAUGGCCUUCAACUGCCUCAGAUUGGAUCUUUUCUGCACCGUGGGGACUUCGGAGGCUUCUAAACUACAUCUCAUUAGAAUAUUUGAGUGUUAACAAAGUGCCUAUCUACAUCACUGGGAAUGGUAUGCCAACAGCAUACAACACUGAAACCAUCAAUGAUGUGAGCAGAGUGGAGUAUCUGAGAAACUACAUCAACGAGGCCCUGAAAGCACAAGCCCUUGACGGAGUUGAUGUGCAAAGAUUCACAGUGCAAUCACUCAUGGAUGGCUUUGAGGGCCCACAAGGCUAUAGUGAAAGAUUUGGUCUUACUCAUGUCAACUUUGAAGAUGCAAACAGACAAAGAACCCCCAAACAAUCUGCAUAUUUCUUCUCUGGUGUUAUUGAAAACAAUGGUUUUGGAACACCCACACGCCAUUUAAAAAAAGUGGCAGAAAUAACAGUAACCCCUCGUACAUCCAAACUCGUAGCUUCACAGGUUCCAUCCGAAGCAAAGGUAGUGUGGGACACCCUAUCCAGGCAAACAAAGUUCCAAAGACAAUUGUAUCAUUAUGGUACUUUCUCCCAAGACUUCCUUUGGGGGGUUUCAUCUUCAGCUUACCAGACUGAAGGCGGCUGGAAUGCUGAUGGGAAAGGACCCAGCAUCUGGGAUACAUUUUCUCAAGUACCUGGCAACAUUCCUGAAAAUGCUAAUGGGAACGUAGCCUGUGACAGUUACAACAGAAUUGAUGAGGACUUCUUCAUGCUAGGAGCUCUGAAAGUGAAGUCAUACAGAUUUUCCUUGUCCUGGUCCAGAAUCUUCCCUGAUGGAAGACGCUCCUCUCUCAACCAGAAUGGCGUUAACUACUACAACAGACUUAUUGAUGGUCUCUUGGCUCGUGGCAUCACUCCCAUGGUAACACUUUAUUACUGGGACUUGCCCCAAGCUUUGCAAAACAUUGGUGGCUGGGAAAGUAUAGAGAUGAUUGAUUUGUUCAAUGAUUAUAGUGACUUUUGCUUUGCCACUUUUGGCGACAGAGUGAAAUUCUGGAUAACCUUCAACCAGCCUCACACAAUUGCCUGGGCAGGAUAUGGAACUGGCGCCAUGCCACCAAAUGUCAAGAAUCCAGGAACUGCACCAUACAUAGUGGCACACAAUCUCAUCAAAGCUCAUGCUACAGCCUAUCACACAUAUGAUGACAAGUAUCGUGCAUCACAAGGUGGUCUGGUCUCCAUUGCCCUGGAUGCUGACUGGAUUGAACCUUCUGAUAUUAAUGAUCCACACCGGAUUCUGGCUGCUGACCGUGCAAUGCAGUUCAGACUGGGUUGGUUUGCACACCCUAUUUUCAAGAAUGGAGACUAUCCCGAGGCAAUGAAAAAGCAAGUUUUUGCAAAAAGUGAACUUCAAGGCAUGUCAGAGUCAAGAUUACCUUCAUUUACUGAGGAAGAGAAAAACUUCAUUAAGGGAGCUGCAGAUGUAUUCUGUUUAAACCACUACACCACUAAGAUAGUUACUCACAUUACUGACCGACUGCUCCCACCAUCCUAUCAAACUGACAGGGACAUAGUAGAAAAUCAAGAAACGGAUUCACCAACUACAGCUAUUGAAGAGCAAAGAGCUGCAGCGUGGGGUUUAAGAAGACUCCUCAACUGGAUAAAGGAAGAAUAUGGAGAUCCAAACAUUUACAUCUCUGAAAAUGGAGCAGCUUUAGAUGCAGGAACCUUACGAGAUGACAUUAACAGGGUAUUCUUUUACAAGACCUAUAUUGAUGAGGCUCUGAAAGCCUAUGAACUUGAUGGAGUGAAGGUAAAAGGCUACAUAGCAACAUCUCUCAUGGAUUCCUUUGAGUGGUUGAAUGGCUAUAAACUUGGGUUUGGAUUGCACCAUGUGGACUUUGGCAAUAUUAAUAGACCAAGAACACCUAAAUAUUCAGCUCAUUACUACUACCAAAUCAUGAAAGACAAUGGUUUCCCUUUGCCAGAUGAUGAAAGGAUGGAAUGGGGACAUUUUCCAAAGGACUUCAUUUGGAGUUGUGCAACAGCAGCAUAUCAGAUUGAAGGAGGAUGGAGAGAAGAUGGAAAAGGUCUAAGCAUAUGGGACAAGUUUGCUCAUACUUCUCUAAAGAUCGCUGACUUUGACAAUGGGGACAUAGCCUGUGACAGUUACCAUAAGAUCGAAGAGGAUGUUGCCAUUUUGAAGCAACUUAAGGUGACACACUAUCGUUUCUCAAUAUCCUGGUCGAGGAUUCUUCCUGAUGGCACCAUGAAUUAUAUCAAUGAUGCUGGACUGAACUACUACCACAGACUGGUGGAUGCACUGCUUGCUGCAAAUGUCCAGCCACACGUCACUCUGUACCACUGGGAUCUUCCACAAGCUCUGCAGGACGUUGGUGGCUGGGAGAACGACACGAUUGUUGACAGAUUCAGAGAUUACGCCGACCUCAUUUUUAGUCGCCUUGGCCACAAAGUCAAACUUUGGGUCACCAUUAAUGAGCCAUACAAUGUAGCAAUGGUAGGGCAUGGCUAUGGAGUGUCUGCCCCAGGUGAGAGCUUCAGGCCUGGAACUUUGCCAUACAUUGUUGGCCACAACCUUAUCAAAGCCCAUGCAGAGGCCUGGCACGUCUACAAUGACAAAUACCGUGCUGAACAGAAAGGAAUGGUCUCCAUUACCAUCAACUCUGACUGGUCAGAACCAAGAAAUCCCUAUAAGCAAGAGGACAUUACUGCCGCAAGACGGCUGUUGCAGUUUUACAUUGGCUGGUUUGCUCAUCCCAUUUUUAAUGGAGACUACAGUGAAGUGAUGAAGACCGUGGUUCGAGAGCGCAGUCUUGCUGCUGGCUUGGAUAAAUCUCGGCUGCCUGAGUUUACUUCAGAGGAGAUUAAGAGAAUAAAAGGCACUCAUGAUUAUUUCGGAUUUAACCACUACACCACCGUUUUAGCAUUCCCUGUGGACUACGGAAACCUUGCACAUUACGAUGGAGACAGGGGAGCAGGGACCAUUACUGAUCGCACAUGGUUGGAUUCGGGUUCAGGCUGGCUGAAGGUCGCACCUUUUGGAUUCCGCAAAAUAUUAAAAUUCAUCAAAGACGAGUACGGGAAUCCUCCAAUUAUCAUUACUGAAAACGGCGUCUCAGAGAGGGGGUCUGAGAAUUUAAAUGACGAGCACAGAAGCUACUUCUAUGAGAAAUACAUCAACCAGGUGCUAAAAGCCUACAUGCUGGAUGGCGUGGACAUCCGUGGGUACACAGCCUGGUCACUGAUGGACAACCUGGAAUGGGCCACAGGUUUUGGAGAGAGAUUUGGUCUUUUCUAUGUGAACCGUUCCAAUCCUGAGCUUCCUCGUGUUGCCAAAGCCUCGGUUUCUUUUUACUCCACCAUUAUCAGCUGCAACGGAUUCCCUGAUCCUGAACUGGGACCUCAUGACUGCAUGUCACCUGAACCUGAACCUGAACCUGAAGCAACUAAAGAGCCAGAGAGAGAAGACUCUGUGAGCUUCCUGGGUAUGAAAUUGUCCAUCAGCGAAGCUGCGACUGGACUCAACACCACCUUUGCUCUGCUGAUCGUUGCCGUUUUCGCAGCGAUUGCUAUGACCACUUUGUUUUUUGUUAAAAGAAGAAUAAAAUAAAAUGUAGAGAAAAGACAUCCAAUGGAAAUGAUCUAAAACAUCUUUUAGUGUCUACUCUGUAAAUAACAAAUGUUCCGCAUUCUCAAAUCAAUCCAUUGGUACAGCUUAUAUGAUCACAUUUGCGAUGUGUACUUUGUAAUGUAGAAACAUGCAACUAAUAUCCACUGAUAUAAAUUGUUGCAUAAUACUUUAACAAGGUUGAUUGACUACAUAAUCAAUAAAAAUUUUUUCAUGAAAUAA